AUGUCUUGGAAAGAUGGCAACUGCCAUAUGCGCAUUCUCCGCGAUGCGGAAAAUGGUCACUACGGGGUCAUUGCCGCCAUCGCGUACAACACCGAACAGGUUUUGGGCCUGGUCAAAGCUGCAGAAGCUGCACGCUCGCCGCUCAUUAUUCAGUUUUUCCCUUGGGCCAUCGAAUCCACAGAUGGCUUGCUGAUACGUGCCGCUGCUGACGCUGCCAAGCGCUCGAGUGUACCUAUCAGUAUUCAUCUCGACCAUGCUCAAUCCCCAGAAAUCAUCAAGCGUGCAGCAGAACUCCCAUUCGAUAGCAUUAUGGUUGAUAUGUCACAUUACGAAAAGGAGGAAAACCUGCAGAAGACCCGGGAACUGGUUCAAUAUUGCAACGAACGCGAAAAGGCCACGGAAGCCGAGCCAGGUCGUAUUGAAGGAGGAGAGGAUGGAGUCAUGGAUACAGAGGGUUUGAAAGCUUGUAUGACAACCUCUGAGGAGGUAAACGACUUCAUUGACACGGGAGUGGAUGUUCUCGCCCCUUCUUUUGGCAAUGUCCACGGUGAAUAUGGUCCGCGUGGCCCGCAGCUGGAUUUCGGCAGAUUCGAGAAAGUCAAAGCCCAAACUAAUGGCAGAAUUAAUUUGGCUCUACACGGCACCAACGGAUUCGCCCCAGAGCUAAUGAAGCGCUGUGUGGCCGCUGGUGUUACCAAAAUCAACGUGAAUCGACUGGUCUUGGAUAACUACUAUGACCACCUUCAUGCGAACGUUGGAAAAAUGCCGCAUACGCAGCUUAUCGAAGAGGGCAUUCAAAAAGUGACGGAUCUCACCAUUGAAUGGAUGGAAAUUUGUGGGUCAGCGGGUAAGGCGUGA